UUCUAACCUAAAACAAAAUCCUCAAAGACUCUCAACACACUUUUCUGCACUGUUGACAGAUUCUGAAUUCAUCAAUGAAUUGAUGAAUAAUCAACAUUGAGGUAUUUCACAUACAAAAAUGAAAAAUUGAAGAGGGGUGUUUGGAGAUUUAUUGGUAAAGUGGUGAUUUUUGAACCAGUGAGCUGUUGUUAUGCGGGUAGCCUAUCCCUUACUGAGUAGGCGCAAGCUCUGCAUUGAGCAGCACCUCACCCCGAGCAGUGCAACCCAAGCAUGGAUCAUGUGUAGCGGUGUGAACCCAUACCAGUCUGUUACACCCUGCCUUCCACGUCUGGCGGUCCAGUUCUCCCGUAUUGAUUGGGGGUCCCGCCUAUAUUGGUCGCCAUGGCAACGAAAACCGUCUAGGCGCAUUGUCAUAGCCCAGGGCUGUGUACCAACUACCAAACUCAAGUCGCGCUCCUUAAGCCAGUCGCCGCGACGUUCUUUCACAAAAUAAAUACAACUUGCACUCUUUCUCUCAAUAUUACACAUUCACAAACUAUCUGUGUUCACCUGUGUUGUCCGUUUCUGUAAAUGUUCGCUACCAUCCUGUGCUUCUGAGUUCUAACUUGUUACCUACGUCUCCAACCAAACCUUCUCCUCGUCAACUUCUUAAGAUUUGUACGGAUUUAGCACUAAACUUUGUGCGCUGAUAGUCGGGGAGGCAGCCGGAGCAUGGUGUGGUGACCGGAAGGGGCGGUGUCAGAAGGGGGCAGUGGAGCAGGUGGGGCAGGUGGGGGUGGUGGACUAGGGGGGACCAGCAUGGGCAACAAGCUGAGCUGUUCGUGUGCGCCGCUCAUCAGAAAGGCCUACCGCUACGAGGACUCGCCCUGGCAGACGUCCCGGCGUCGCGAUGGCCAUCUGCUCAGGUUGUGGGCUGAGGUGUUCCAUGUAAGCGCUAGCGGCACAGGCAGCGUGAAAUGGCAGCAGGUGUCCGAGGAUCUGGUGCCAGUGAACAUCACCUGCAUCCAGGACUCACCCGAGUGCGUCUUCCACAUCACCGCCUACAACAGCCAAGUCGACAAGAUACUCGAUGUCCGACUAGUUCAACCAGGCACAAGGAUUGGCCAGGCAUCCGAGUGUUUUGUCUACUGGAAAGAAACAUUGACCAAUGACACAUGGGGCCUCAACUUUACAUCUCCUAUUGAUGCUAAACAAUUUCGCGAAUGUUGCUCACCCUCUUUCAAGUUCUCUCGCAAAGCUUCUUCCUCGUACUCGCUCAAACUGGAACCGCCGAACAAGCAGAAUAAAGUGAAGACGAAGCGCAAGCCGCUGUCAACCCCUGCGUCGCCGAGUCGCUCGCGUGAGCCACAGUGCACUUGCAUGACUGCAGACCAGUAUGCAAGGCUUCGUGCUCAGGAUCCCAGAUAUAGAGGCUCAUCAACACUCCCAAGAGCCCAGUCGCGCGUCAGCGACGUGACAGACGGUCGCUCGUCGACGCUGGGCGACAAAGUGACCGCGGCUACUAGUAGCACGUCACUCUACGACAAUGUUUCGGGUGGCGCCAAGCAGCAACAGCAGCAGCAGGCGACAACUGCGACAGUCGCGGCGACAGCUGCAACUUCAGCGACUUCAGCCGCCGGCCGACAGACGCAGACCACGCGCGACAGGGAGACCAGCACGCCUGGCGGCAAGCUCAAUACCACCAAUCAUGUCGCAUCGCAGGUUGCUGGCUCGCAAACUGAAGACGGUCAAGAGACAAGCAAGAGCGAAGGCACGCAGGCGGGAGGCGUGAUCAGUGGCGGGGGUGGUGGCGGCAAGAUGACCACCGGGACUUGCACCCCUCGGCUGGGAGGCAAGGACCAACCCAAGGCAGGCGGCGACUACAGUGAGGGCACGGAUAUGGUUCGCGAGGCCGAGCUCAGGGCUGCCAAUAACAACAACAACAUAAACAACAUCAACAACAACAACCGGGCCCGCUCAACCGCCAACAACAAUAACAACAAAGUCUGCAAGGAGGAUCGGUCAGGCAUGAGCCUAGACUCGAACACACUGAAACGCAUGCUGAAGCCAAUGCCCUCGCUGGAGAGCCCCGUCACCAGCCCGGAGAUGACCCGUCGAGGCUACAACUACUACAACCACCACAACACGCACCACUUCAACUACCACCCAAACAGCACCGGAAACAACAACUCCAGGGGACGUCACAUCAUGUCUGAGUCUGACACCCUCUCACGACAUAAGGCCAAUCGCUUCUCAAGCUCUAGGUCGUCCCAUGACAUAGGCCGCUGUCAACGCGAGUUUUCCGGGCGCGGCCUCUACCUAGAGCUGGGUGGGUGCGGGGGAGUGGGCGUGGGGGGGCCCGCCGACUUGUCUCCCCCCUCUGACAAUGUCCUGUUUGACAAUCAGUGCUAUGCCACCACCCCCAGCUCGAGCAAUGGCAACUCUGACCUUGAUCAACCCUCACACCAUCGCCAGGGACGUGGAGGUGGUUACCAUGGCAACAGAGGAGAGCAGCAGAUGGCAGUGAGCACCCCCAGUUCACCAACUAGUCGCUUGCUGCUUGAAUACGAGAUGCAUCUUCGCAACACCCUCGCCAAGGGCAUGGAUGCCGAAAGCUAUAGUCUCCACACUUUCGAAGCUCUUCUCACGCAGAGUAUGGAGAAUCUUGAAUUCGCAGAACAGCUUCCAGUGAAUACUCGAAGCCCAUAUCCUUGCCGAAGGAGACCAGGCAGUAGCGCUAGCAUGAACAAGUCAUCCACCCUUCCACUGCCCCACCGUCUCAGCAUGGACAGACCGGCCAGCAGUGCCGGUGGUGCAAGGGAGAGAGAUCGAGUGAGAGAUACCGACAGAGAUGGCUACUACAGCGACCGCAAUGAGCUGAUGCGUGAGAGAGAGCGAGAACGAGGUUAUCUUAGUGAUCACAACUCAUCAAGUCGUUGCGCGUCCUGUUUGGGCGAAUCUGCGCGUGCGCAAUGGUUCCGUCACUCGGACGGUUGGCGCUCGGGUAGUUCCACCCUGGGCUCAGGCAGUGUGUCGAACUAUCCGAGCAGUAGUGUGGCCACGGGGCAUGCGCCCCCCCUCGGAGGGCACAAACGCUCGCCCUGGGACUCGCUGCCUUCUCUGCGCCAUGAGGGAAGCCUCGGCGACAGCGGUUACAAGAGCAAUCGCGCUGAUUCUUUCGAUCAAGGUCGGGGCAUGUUCGAUCGUCAGGACAGCUUGAGGUCGGACUACAUGAGCGACCGGGAGACGCGCUAUGGCAUCGUACAGCAGGCGUCCAUUGAGAGCACCGACUCACGGCUCUGCUACCUGACUUCAUCUGAGAUGUCGGACGACGACCGUAUGUCGCUGACGACAGCCGUGAGCGACGAGGACGAUGCCGAGAGUGUGCACAACUCGCCCUACCGGGCCAAGCAGACGGGAACUGCUGCUGCCUCCUUCAACUGCACGGGUGCUGUACGCAAAGCUGGGUUCCUGAGCGUGAAGAAAUGGCUGCUGCGGAAGAAACACCAGAUCGAGCUGGCGCGAAAACGCGGCUGGAAGGGCUACUGGGUGUGCCUGAAGGGCACCACUCUGCUCUUCUACCCCUGCGACUCCCGGGAGGGACGCUCUGUCGAGGCGGCGCCCAAGCACCUCAUCAUAGUCGACGGCGCCAUCAUGCAACCAAUCCCAGAGCACCCCAAGCGCGACUACAUCUUCUGUCUCAGCACCGCCUUCGGUGAUGCUUAUCUAUUCCAGGCGCCAUGUCAGGUGGAAUUGGAGAACUGGGUGAACAGCAUCCACUCGGCGUGUGCCGCCGCCUUCGCCAGACACCGCGGAAAGACCGGAACACUCCAUCUUCUUCAGGAAGAAAUCUUCCGUUUGGAAAAAGCUAUUGAAUCGGAUCACAAGCUGAAGCACAUGGCAGAUCUACAGCAGAGUGUCGUCUCAGAUCCUGAAACAAAGCAGCAGAUCAACAAUCAAAUUGUUCAGUGGGAGGAGAAUCUCGAGAGAUUGCAUUGCGAGCAGUUCCGACUACGUUGUUACAUGGCUAGCUUACAGAAUGGCGAGCUGCCUAAUCCAAAGAGCCUGCUGACACACGUGUCUCGUACGACGAAGAACACGCUGAACAAGCUGGGAGUGUUCACGGUGUCGUCGUUCCACGCGUUCAUCUGCGCACGCUCGCCGUCGCUGCUCAACAACCUGCUGGCCGGCCGUGGAGCCACCAAGCGGCGGCCACCCAUGCUGUCGCGGUCCAACUCGGCGUCGUCCCGCCGAUCGCUGCAGAUGUCCAGUCGCGAUGACGCCGAGAAACUCGUCAAGGUGUCCGUGCCCGAGAAUCAGUUUGUGAACGUUUACCUACGAGACGCGAUGUCUGUGGAAGAGUUCCUAGCCAGUGCUUGCAGUCGCAAGAACCUGAAUCCGAUGGAGCAUUUUGUGAGAGUGAAAAAGCGACGAGACAUGGAAGAUCACAACUAUUUUGUGCCUCACCGUUCAGAUCUCAUAGAAACAUAUUUGCAUACGCAUGAAAUAGUGGAGGUGUGCGCGAAGAUCUUGUACCAAGUGGAGCUGCAGCGAACCACCCUGGAGCACAUGUGGGGCUUUUCGGUGGAGGCCGAGUUGAUUGAGAAUGCUGACCGCCAGGAUGAGCUGUGCUGCUACGUCAGUCGGGUCGAGGACAAGAGUGUCGCCAUGCAUAACGGAAUCAUAAAAGGCGACGAGAUAAUGGUGAUCAACGGUGCGAUAGUGAGUGACCUGGACAUGAUGUACCUGGAGUCGGUGCUGCAGGAAGAACUGUCUCUAUGCAUGAUGAUGCGUUCCUCCCGCACCGAGCCUCCCGACCUGGCGCCGGGCAUCCUCCGGUCGACUGACAUCGAGAUUGAAAGCCUCGUGUGUCCGCCGCCACCCUCCGAACCACCCGUCAUCUCCGAGGAGAUGAUCUCGGGCCUGAUUGUGCCGGCACCCGGCUGGAGCAAGGACAUGUACUCGCCCGAGACGGAGAGCUCACCCGCCCCGCCCGCCUCCGAGGCCACCAGCAAGCAGGCGUCGCGUGCCAACUCCUUCGAAAUUGAGAACUUGCUCAAGACCGCCGAACAGGUGACUGGUUUCUGUCGGUCGCCGCAGGAGACUCGUAAGUCGUCGCCGACGGGCAGCGUGGUGAGCCGUGGCGAGUGCUCACAGGCUCUGCUCACUCCAAGCAGGCAGCUCACUGACGCCGAAAAACUGCGCAAGGUCAUCCUGGAGCUCAUCGACACUGAACGCACCUAUGUCAAGAACGUUCUCUUCUCUGUGGGCAGCGCUUUUCUUUACUAUGUCAAUCACUUCAAGUUGUACAGUUCGUUUUGUGCAAGUCAUUCCAAAGCUCAAAAAGUGUUACAUCCCAAUGAGGGAAACCAAGCACUGCAAGAGUUCCUAUCUUCUAGAAAUCCCCGUCAACAACAUUCCUCUACACUUGAAUCGUACCUGAUUAAACCCAUACAAAGAAUACUCAAAUAUCCGCUGCUUUUGCAGCAGCUUAGAAACUUGACUGAUCCUCAAUCUGAUCAACAUUUACAUUUAGUCGAGGCUCUUAAAGGAAUGGAAAAAGUAGCGGAGCACAUCAAUGAAAUGCAAAGGAUCCAUGAGGAAUAUGGAGCCAUAUUUGAUCAUCUAUUUAGGCAGCACCAGAAAUCAUGCAAACAACCAAUUGAUCUCAGUCCUGGUGAUUUGCUCUACUACGGAGGUGUUGAGUGGCUCAACAUUUCCGAUUUCCUUGGAAAAAUCAAGAAGGGUCUUGAACUUCAUGCGAUGUGCUUUGUUUUCAAAUCGGCUGUGGUAUUCCUCUGCAAAGAACGACUCAGACAGAAGAAGAAGUUGAUGAGUGUGGCUAGUAAAGGCAGUGCCAACGAGGUGGAAAUAAUCCGUUACCAAGUGCUGAUUCCCGUGACUGAGGUGCAGGUGAGAGCCAGCUCAGCCAAGGACAUGGAUUCGCACUUCUUGUGGGAACUCAUUCAUCUCAGGUCCCAGUUGCAGAGGCGAUCCGAAAAAGUCUAUGUUCUCUCAAACAGUACAUCUGAUUUCCGCAAUGCUUUCCUGAAAACGAUAAGACAGAUAAUAAGAGAGAGUGUGAGGAACAUGAGCAUACCAGCCACCAAACCUGGGACGUCUCCUUCCCAACUGGUCAGCAAUACAGCCACUCUGGGCAGAGUUACACCUGGGAAUGCGAAUGCUCACAAACAACAAGGCAUGGAGCAGCAGCCAAUGAUGAGCAAGACGGUGACGGCGAGCGGCGUGGUGAUAAUGCAGGGCUCGCACACACUCGGCAAGCCCAAGAAGCCGCCCAAGGGACCGCAGCGCCACUCGGCCGGAAACAUCGACUACGACAACAUCGAGAUGUCACCGGAUGUCCCCCCUCAGACCAGUCAGCACUUCCGCUCCAGGAGCAAGACUGUCUCCGAUGUUGACGAGGCUACAGAGAAGAGCGGCAAACACGAUUGUGACCCGGGCACCAAGUCGGAGGGCGAAGACGACACGCACGCGCAUGCGGGCACAAGCGGAGGCGGCAAGGGCAGCAAGUCGUCACUGGGUCGCACCCCCAACCACCUCACUCUCAGCACCACCUCCACCCUGUCUGCGGGCAGCACCGGCAGUCAGGCGAGGCUCAUCCAGAGCUCACAGCAGCCCGAGAACUAUCACCCGCCCACCGUCAAGGACCUCGGGUCACCAGUGUGGAAACCAAGAGACAUAGGGGACACGCUGACCUUGCCCCGAAAGAACAAAACCCCUUCCACCUCCUCUGCCACAGACUAUCGCUCCCUAGGUCGGCGCGACCACUCCUCCAAGCAGUAAACUGCUGACUCAGUAAUCUGCGCAGUAAACACACAAUACUGCAAACUCUGCUCAUCACCCAGGCUCCAGACCAUCACAGCACAACUCCAACCCUCAUCUAACAACGGUAACACAUUAUUUUCUAUAAGUAAUCGGUUGAAAGACUACAUGUAUGUGAGUGUAUGUGUGUAUUUUGUUGUUUUAUCGGAGGACAAUUUUCUCGGUAAGGUUGUAAGAGUUAAGAUGGUUGUAGAUCGCAUGAAGAACGCAAGGUUUGGGCAAUCAAUAUUAAAUAAUUGUUGGUCAUUUCUUUCAUUUAUCAAUGACUCAUGCAAACCUGAAUAAUUGAAUAUUGUUGAUCAUCUCAUUCAUUCAUCUAUUAUAUAGCAAAUGCACAAAGACUUCAAGCAACUCUUUAACAAGAGUUUUUAUUUCAAAUGAUUGGCCAGAUUACAGAACGGCAGUCUAUGGUACUAAUAUAAAACUUCAUAUCCAAAUUCAUCCACUAAUGACGACAUUAUGUCCACUAUUGACGACAAACAGUUGACAACCAUAUUUUUCUUCAUGCAAUUAAAUAAACAUAGACUGAUGUCCAUCUCCACUGAUGUCAAAAAUAUUAAUAGACUUUUUCGAUAGUAAAAAUAAUAAAAUAUGAUAACUAUUGUUUAACUAUUGACCACAAGCAGUGAAAAACUAUUGUUUAACUAUUGACGACAAGCAGUGAACAACCAUAUUUUUCUUCAUGCAAUAAAAAACAUGGAAAUCUCCACUGAUGUCAAAAAUAUAAAUCGACUUUUUCGCUAUAAAAAUAAUAAAAUAUGUUAGCUAUUGUUAACACCUGGGUAUCAGUUUGUGAUACUGGGCAUUAAAUGAUACUGGGUUAUUUAAUUUGGCACACUUGGGUUGAUAGAAUCCGCUGACUCCAUGUUAAACUGCCGUAUGAAUCAAAACUGCUCCGAUCAUAAUAUGGUAUUGAUUCAUAUGGCGAGUCAGAGAAUUCAGAGUUAGCCAAUUCUAUCAACCCUUGAGAAUCACUCCAUUGGUCAAAAAAGCUGUGUCUUGAAAAAAACAGGAGAAAGGUACUGUACCGGCACUAGUCUAUCAAAACAGAAUACUAUUGAGUAGACUAACAAUAUGGAUUGUAUCAAAUAGUACAAUAUUCUGUAUUUAUAUAAUACUUGAUUUGAGUAACUGUAAUAUUCCUUUCACACAAUGAUACUCCAGUUUACUUGUAUUAAUACCCUUUCACUCGUUUAUAGUUGAAACUAUAAUUAAUACGUUGUUCAGAAUAAGAAACGACACUGCCUUCUACAAGCAGCAAACUAAAAUCUGUAGAUGUGUGUCAUUAAUUGGUCGGAGAGUCAAAUAAUAUAAUACUAGUAUAGUGUUGACGUGAUGCCAAGUGACUGAUGCUAGUCAACUAGACUAAAAAGAGAAAAGUGAUCAGCAGUAUGUUCACUGUAAUCUCUAAACUCAGAUUAACUAAUCACUAAGCAAAUUAACAAUGAGAUUAACUCUCAUGGUCAUUCGAUUAACGAUUUUGUCAAUGCUAUGACAUUGUCAUAGGUUUGACUUCUCUUAAAAGAUUGUACAUCAUGAAUCAUACCUAUGUGUACCAAUAUUCUCAAUUUUCCUCAAUUUAUAAUUGACUUAUCCAAAUCAUGCGUUCUACAUGAGAAAUUGUAUUUGUAUUAACUUUUAGAAGUUGAAUCAAGGUGAUUUUUCAAUGAAUUUCUUAGUUCAUCUUUCAAUUUGAAUGCGGAGAUUGAUAUGAUGAUUUAUAUUAAACUUGAUUUUGGAGAACAUUCAGGAUAUAUUCUUCUUCUAAAUACAUGAAUGAUGUUAUUAUGAUGGUAUUCCAUCAUUUUCCAGUAACCAU